AUGUCCCCCGGACCGUUUACGACCCAAGCCGAGUUGCUAGUGUUGCCCGCCCGCGAUAGAUCCUUAGAGCGAAUCGUCGGCCUUGUGUGCACGAAGAUGAGCCGUUACGCCAUCCCGGAUAUCGACAAAGCGACGGCGAAGAUGGCUGAACGGUUGAGAUGCGUCGAGAAAGCUGUCGAACGGAGCGACAUUGCGCGAACGAUGCCAACACUUCGUCAUGCUCGGGAGGGGGAGGGUGGGGUAUGCUCUACGCGAUAG